UGUUCUUUCCGUAAAUUCAGUGAGGGAUUCGAUUGCGAUGGGAACCAAACGACCUUUUGAUGAGGAGCUCCAAGAGUUUAUCAAACACCCUAAACAUCUUGAAUAUGAGGAUAAGCCUGAUUCGUUUGGAGAAGAGAAACCGUCUCUUGAACCAUCUCAAAACGUUGUGGUUGUAGGUGAAGGCGGUGAAACAAGUGCUCCCUUACCUGUAGUGACCGACAUCACUGUUCGUGAAGAAGCUUCUGGGCCUGGACCUGGACCCAUUCCCGGGUUUUGCCCGAAUCUUUUUUCCGAACUUUUCGAAUUCAACUUGCCGAGACGACCGCUAGUUCAUUACGAUGAUACGUAUUCACCUUUAUUGAAUUGCACCCCAAGAAAAGAAGUUCCCAUUGGACCUGAACAUCAAGCUGAUGUUCCCGAAUUUGAUUCCAAUUCCGCUAGAAAUUACAUUUCCAACAAUGAAAGAGAGCAAAUUUUGAUGGGUAUUUGUAUCAUUUCGAACCUAGAGGGCGAGACCGUGAUUCCUGAAACGGAGUGCAAAUGCGUAGACAAUGGUUCUAUCAGAUGCGUGCAACAACAUGUCAACGAAGCAAGGUUAAAUUUAAAACAAUCUUUGUUGCUCGAGAAAUUUGUUAAUUUGGGAUUUAAUAACAUGGGCGAGGAAGUAUCUUCUAACUGGACCGAAGAAGAAGAGCAACGUUUUCAAGAUGUUAUCUACUCAAAUCCGGUUUCACACGGUAAAAGAUUCUGGGAAGUACUUUCGAGUGAAUUCCCAACGCGUACGAAAAAGGAACUGGUGAGUUAUUACUUUAACGUGUUUAUUUACCGGAGACGUGCGGUUCAGAACAGAUCACAAUUACUGGCAAUCGACAGUGACGAUGAUGAAUGGUGGGGAACCAAAAGAGCGUCUUUUGGGGCUAUGAUAGAAGAUGAUGAUGAUCUUGUUGUGGUUGGACCGUUUGUUGACCAUGGAGAUCAUGAUCAUGAUCAUGAUGAUGACCAUGAUUCUUCAUCUGAAGAUGGCGGCGAUAUGGUCACCCAUGUUAAAGAAAACCAAGUGAUGAAUGCAAGUUCGUCGAGUGAUAUACGCGAUGAGAAAGUUACAAGUGAAAACGAGCUAGAAAAGCCCGCAGCAGGUAACAGUUUCGGGUCAAAAUCUGAAUCGUACUUGCAUUGGGACCCGCCGUGUUCUACAAUGGGCUCAACAAAGGGCGUUGAUCUGUUGCCUACGUGCAGCAUGAUUGAAGAAAUCUUCGGGUCUUCCAAAACGAGUAAAAGCACUUGACGGAAUUCGUGUUUAGGUCGUGCCACUGUCAACGCUCUUUGACGAGGCUGCUUGUUAAAAAUGCAACCUAAGAAAAGGAAAAAGAGUUCCUCUGUAUUUUAUUGUAUAUUAAUUUUGUAACUGGAAUUGUGUUUUGUUGUUGUGUUGUGAAUUGAAGUUAGCAUCUUUUAUAAACGAUCCACUAAUAAUAGAUUUGGAUUGUGUCAAA